GAGAAAUAGAACACGCAUCUAUAGUCAAAGACAGAUACAGUCUUCGUGUUUCACGAUUAACAGCAGUAAAGAAGGCCAUUGCGAAUUGCUGUAAAGUUGGACGUCACACCUGUUUCAAAGAUAAUGCAAGUUGGUAAAUACCACACGAGCCUUUUGUAUGCUUAGCAAGAUUUCCUCCAGUAAUCAGUCCACUCUAGCUCAUAUGACUUUCCCAAUAAGUAAGGUGUUCAACACACCCAACUACUUCAAUAAAGGUCAGUGAAGACUAGUCCUUCGACAUUAUCUUACAUUGGACGAGGUUGAAUCGUAUAUUACGUAUUGCACGAAGCGCCGGGUUAAUUCUGUCCAUAUUUAUACAGUGGGCAUAAAUGAGGUAUUCGCUUAUCAUCAAAUGGAGAUACAUGGUACUGCAGUAUUGACCCGAAAACUACUCUAUUUUAAUGUGAAGGUGAAACCUUACCUCAUAAGUCAAAAUGUGUUGUGUAUGUAUGUGUUUAUGUGAUGGAACUAAGUUAACUAACGGGAUUGUUUUGUUCAUAGUGGGCAUCUUUUUCUAUAGAACAAUGGCUAGUUCAAAUUGAAGCAAAUAUAUUCUUAUCAUUAUUAUACCAUCACGCCAUAUAACGCGUAAUUUUCUCUCUAUGAUCUGUUUAUUUUCACACCAAUUGCUAAUCUUCUCUGUGAAUUUUCUUUCAGCCUAAUGGGUGUAUUCAACCAAGUCUUCGAUUCGGUCAUACUGUUGUUGCUUGGCGUGGUCGUGGUUGGCUUUUUGGUGGCAGAAUGAAGCAUCAGGUAUGCCCCAAUCAAUUAUACAUGUUCGAUCCUGGUUCACUGUCUCACUGCCAGUCUACUACAUGGUUAAAUGGUCAACAGCGGGGUUGUAAAUUCUCUACCAGAAAGUUGAGACCUCCAUGUUGGGCUGAAGUUAGAGGUAUGGUUGGCAGUAUACCAAGUGCUCGAGAUGGUCAUUCAGCCACUGUUUCAGAGAAUGCAAUGUUUAUAUUUGGUGGCUAUGACAGUGUUUUUGAUAAUUACGAUAACUCAGUUUAUCGCUUGGACUUCAUUACCUGGAAUUGGACACGGAUAGAAAUUCGAGAAGAGAUGACACUUUCACCUUCAUACUUUCCCACUGAAUACUUUAAUAUGGAUACACAUAAUGAUAUGAAUUCUACUUACGAACAGAGAAUAUCAGCAAAUCAAACAUCAUCAUCGCCAUACUCACAAAUUCCUUUACCACGAGAUUUUGCCUGUCUUGCCAGUUAUCAAGGUCGUAUAUUUCUAUUCGGUGGUCGAAGUAAAUCACCUGAUCAAGCAGCAUAUGAUGUAUACGAUUCAGCUGUAUGGGAACUUAUUCCUCUUGUUUAUACAUCAGAUACUUCUUCCUGUGAUUCAGUAAAUAUUUCAAAAAAGGAGAGAUUAAUUCCAGCCAGAUGUACUGCAUGUAAUGCAGAAAUGAUUGAUUGCUUGGAUACUACACCGAGUCGUUUAUUUCGCAUUUCGUGGGAAGAAGAAACUGGUAACUGGUUUGGACCUGAAUUCUGGGCGACUUGUCCUCCUCGACCGUGUUGUUUAUGGAAAUUUCUUAAUCGUAAAGCUAAAAAAAAGAAGUCGAACAGGCGUCACAAUCACAAGUUACCUUCACAAUAUAAAUCUCGUUGGUCUAGUGGUAGUGCAGUUUGGGUUGUUCGUCAUUCAGGUCAUGGUUUACAAACACCAGAAAUUUUAAUACCAGAAUUACUCAAUAAAAUCAAUACGUCGUCAUCAUCAUCAGCAGAAGUAGCAGGAGCAGCAGCAACACUUGAUGCAAAAUUGCCAUUUGUACAGCCAUCCUUUAAAUUAAAUUCACCUUAUGGGCGUAGAAGUCUUUCACAUUGGUUAUACAACGGUAAUUUGUAUAUCGCUUUUGGAGCUAUUCGAUCUCAAACAGGUCAAAGUGUACAACUGCAUUAUCAAGAUGUUUGGCGGUUUAAUCUAUUCACUUAUACUUGGACACAAGUAUGUACAACAUCCAACUUGAAUUCAUCAUCACCAUCAUCAUCAUCCUCCUCAUCCAGUUUCCAAAUACACCUGCCUUCAGCUCGUCGACGUGCUAUAGCUUGUCUACAUAUAGCUGCUCCAAGUAUUUCAUAUAACAAUGAUAAUAAUAGUAAUAAUAGUGUGUCAGUGAAACAAAGGCCACGUGUUUAUGUAUUCGGUGGUACACAACCAAGGGUACUGAAUGAGAAAAUUAAUAAUGAUUCACAAACUAUGCAUCGUAUGUCAACUUUCUCUGCUGCUGCUUCUUCGUAUAGUUUAUUUCCUCUACAUAGAAGUUCAAUUAAUUUAAACUGGCGUAAUAAUCGAACUCAGAAUGAAAUUCUCGGUCUACAAGGAAUGCUACAUAAAUACAAUCGAUUUACUGCAAUUUUAUGCAUUCAAUCCAAUUCAUCUGAUGAUAAUGACAGUACAAUGAACUGUGGUGAUAUUAGCGGUGGUAGUGGUGGUGGCGGUGGCGCUUCCAAACCGAAUGCAUCGUCCUCAAACACAAACAUAACUAAAUUUCAUCUUAUGAUUAUUAUUCCACCUGAUAAUUCUCCUGUAAGAGGAGAUGAUUUCACUGUAUUAUCGAAUUUAUUUAUUAUUAAUUAUGAUGAAUUGUCUGUCUUGUUCAAUGACAACAGCAGUAGUAGUAGUAACAACAGUAAUAGUACCACUUCUACUACUACUCCAAGUCAUGUUAAUCAUCCAACUAGCAAUGCAGAUCAUUCAUCACUUAUUAAACAUCUUCUAUCAUCAGCUUUCCGUUAUUCUUCUUCCCCAAUUGAUGAAGAUAGUAAUAAUAAUAAUAAUAACAAUAAUAAUAAUAAUAAUGGUGCAAUGAAUGACAACAGUUGUUCCAAUCAAUAUCCUGAUUCAAUGAUCGGUUUUUUUAAAUUAGCCUGGUUAACUUUAUUCACAAAACGUGAUGAUAGUUCUGUAUGUCGAAUAGGUCUUCAUGAUGAUGAUGAUUGGGUGGAUGGUGUUGAUACGACUGGUGGUAAUAUUAAAUCCUCUUCCACCUCCGCCGCCUCCUCCUCCUCGUCACCAACAUCGUCAUCGCAACUCCACAUAUAUUUGAUUCGCAGUGAUCUAUUAAUAAAGGAGGAGAUUUUAUUAGAUGGAGUAAUUCAUAAAAUCUAUGAACCAAAUAUAUUAGAAGAGUAUAUAUUCUCUGAGAAUUCAGAAUUGAUUUUGAAAAAACAAUAUGACCUGUCGACUAUACCGCAUGCAAUCAUUAUAUAUUUAAAACCGUUUGUUUCCAUCCUGUUAGAAGCAAUUGAACGCGCAUUACAUCAUAGUUGCUUGAAGAAUAGAUCAUCUAAUUAUUCACUGACUAAUCAUAAUCAUGAUAAUAAUAAUAAUCAUAGUCGUUUUAACUUAUUGGCUUAUAAAACAGAUUUUAUAUUUUCUAAUGAUGCUCAUCCUAAUGAAGAGAUAGAAAGUAGCUCUACAACUACUCAUGUAUAUAUUGAUGUUGAUCAGCUGAUGAGGCGUAUAGUCACAUAUAAUAAUAAUAAUAACACUGCGAACAUCACAUCUCCGUUAUCUUCUAAUGCCGCUGCUGCUAUGCCUUCAUCGUCAUCAUCACUGUCGCCGUCGUCUUCCUCUUCUCCUGCUCCUGCUCCUCCUUCUCGUCGUGGUUGUUGUCGUUGUAAAUAUCAUACCUUAAAAGCAUUAAUCUUCUCUCAAACCAAUGAUGUCAAUCUACAAGGAACUGUUGCCUCAAUAUUAAUUAAACAUAUCAGCUCCAUUCCAAAUAUAAUUUAUAUAUUAUUAUUAGAAGAGAGUAGAACAUCGUAUCACCAUCAUUGGGAUCAUCAACCGGAAGGGACAAGUUAUCUUUCAGGCACAAAUCCUGUCGGAUGGUUUGGUGAUAAUAGAAGACCCUAUUUAGAUUCAUCAAGCAUAAAUAUGAUUGCGCCAAGAUUAUCAGGACCUUUACAAUAUUCUAAUAUUGAAAGACGACUUCCCAAUAUGAAUCAUCAUCUGUUCAACUUAUUAGGAAAUAAUGGUAUGCCUAGCGGUGAAAAUCAUUUUGAUGAUACUGAUGGUGAUGAUGAUGAUGACAGCGACGAGGAUAGUGAACAGUUAACAGAUUCGAAAGAUACUGAAAUUCACUUGAUACCUAAUAUUGGUGUCAUUUCAAAGGGUGUUGAAGAACUUCAAGAACUUUCUGACUGCUACGUUUUCAAUUUCGAUACUAGUCUGUAUGAUCUAUGUCUACGUAGUACAUCUGAUGCAACUGAAGAAUCAUUUUUGGCUCAGGUUUUACCAUCUGAUAUAGUGAGUGACUUGAAGCAUUUAUAUUCACCUAACAUCAACACUAUGCGUAGGUCAAGAUUUGGAUAA